AUGCGCGCGCACGCAGCGCUGUACCCGGCGGUCCGCUUCUCAAAUAGGAAGCGCAAGAAGCUGGCCCCGAGGCGCGACGACCGCGACCGGGUCGCGCCCGGCGAGGCGGCAGCGGAUUUUUACGGGGUGGAGCGGCAGACAAACCAGAAGCCGCUGUUCAGGGCGUUUGUGAGCCUGGGGACCGAGCUGAGGGCGGCCCUGGGCUUGGCGGCCAGCAACCUGAGGAUUGGCAACACGUAUUGCUCGGCGGAGGCGGCGGCGAGGGCGCACGACAGGCGAGCGGGCGCUUGCGGGCGGGCGCUGCUGGCGCUGUACGGGCCAGAGGCUCCGCUGGUGUUGAACUUCCCACGGGAUCACUACACAGCAGAGCUCGCGGCGCGGCCCCGCACGGAUGAGGAGCUGGAUGCGUAUUUCCAGGAAUUGAAGGCAGACCGCGGCGCCCCCUCGGCAGCCCUGGUGCAAGCAGAGGCAGACGCGGCCGCGGCGCGGGCGGCGGCGCGGGGCGCACGGGCGGCGGCCGGCGAGGAGGCGAAGCGGCGGCGCGAGGCGCUGCGGGCCGGACUGGCCCCUGCCAGCGCCUUUGCAGGCGUCGUGCCGGCCCCCACAGGCCGCACCUGGGACUGCUGCAUCGACCUCGACCCGUCUGCGGCUGCCGCGGCGGCGGCGGCCGCAGGCGCGGGCGACGGGCGCACGCGGCGGCGGCUGGUGGUCGGCCGGGGCUUCGCUUCAGAGGACGCCGCGGCGAGCGCGCACGACAGGUGA